CGACGCCGAGAGCGCCAAGGGAGGGCGUUACGUGCGCGCUCCCGCGUCCGUGCGUAAGCCGCUGCUGCAGGGAGGAAGAUGGCGGAUGUUUGGAGUCUGGAGAGCAGCAGCAGCAGCAGCAGGAGCUGAUAAAAGAGAAUCGUCAAACGGCAGCGAAUCUGAGGACACAACAGGACGGGAAAGGGAGGACACACUCACACACACACGCCGGCAGCAUGUCUCGCUCCUCCGACAGCGAGGACGGCUGCUUCGUUGCCAUGGAUACAGAGGACGCCGGAGCCACUUCAGCUGGGGGCCACGCCGGCGACCAGACCGCGGCGGCGGAGACGGAGACGACAGGCAACGCAAACUGCGCAAAGCAUCCUGGGAAAAGCUGCCAGAGAGCCAUGGGCGAGCUGCCGGAGGAAGUGCUGGAGUACAUCCUGUCUUUCCUCUCCCCCUAUCAGGAGCACAAGACCGCCGCCCUGGUGUGCAAACAGUGGUACCGCCUCAUCAAAGGUGUAGCGUAUCAGUGUUACCAUGGUUUCCUGAGGGCCGUUCAGGAAGGAAACAUCCAGUGGGAGAGUCGCACCUACCCGUAUCCCGGAACCCCCAUCACACAGCGCUUCUCCCACAGUGCGUGUUACUACGACUCGAAUCAGUCGAUGUACGUGUUUGGCGGCUGCACACAGAGCAGCUGUAAUGCAGCGUUUAAUGACCUGUGGAGACUCGACCUGAACAGCAAGGAGUGGAUACGACCGCUCGCUUCAGGCUCGUACCCGUCUCCUAAAGCCGGCGCGACGCUGGUGAUGUUUAAGGACUUACUGGUGCUGUUCGGAGGUUGGACCCGGCCCAGUCCGUACCCUCUGCACCAACCCGAGCGCUUCUUCGACGAGAUACACACCUACUCUCCCUCCAAAAACUGGUGGAACUGUAUUGUGACGACUCACGGACCUCCACCCAUGGCUGGUCACUCCUCCUCUGUCAUUAAGAACACGAUGGUGGUGUUCGGUGGCUCUCUCGGAGCUCGACAGAUGAGUAAUGAGGUGUGGGUUCUGGAUCUUGAGCAGUGGUCCUGGUCCAAACCCACCAUCACGGGCCCGGCUCCUCACCCGCGCGGAGGCCAGAGUCAGAUCGUGAUAGACGGCGAGACGCUGCUCAUCCUCGGGGGCUGCGGCGGCCCGAACGCUCUACUGAAGGACGCCUGGUUGUUGCACAUGGGCGCCCCCACCUGGUCAUGGCAGCAACUGCGAGUAGAGAACGAGGAACAUGGAGCUCCUGAGCUCUGGUGCCAUCCGGCCUGCAAGGUGGGCGAGUGUGUGGUCGUUUUCUCGCAGGCUCCGUCUGGCCGCGCCCCUUUGAGCCCGAGCCUGAACUCCCGCCCUUCCCCCAUCAGCGCCACGCCCCCUCCACUCGGCCCAGACACACCCCCGCUACGAUCACAGUCUCCUGUGCGCUCUGGCGUCGUCCUUGGCAACGUGGAAGAAGCUCCUUGCGUCAACGGGCGCUGGGGAACGCUCCGGCCACGCCCAGCGACUGUUAGGGGCGGAGCCAGAGACGGAAGUCCCUCCUCUUCUCAGCAGCCAUCUCCAUCGCAGGCUCCAGACAGCCCGCCUUUGCUUAACGGUUCUUCCCCUUCCCCUCGUACUAGUCCCUCCCACCCACACGGUCAAGCCCAUUUACCUACAGAUUAUGGAUGGGAGUCUCCGCCCACUUCGGCAUCAUCAUCACUGCCUCCGCCCUCUUUGGAUCAGCCGAGCACAAAUGGCAUUCACACUCCGCCAGGUGCCGUUUCUCCUGCUGCGCUCCGCAGAAGCCUGGAAGCUGUUAAAUCCCUCACAGCGUCCUCUCAUUCUUCAUCCUCAUCUUCCUCUAACCCCGCCCCGAGCUCCAGCCCCGCCUCGUCAAGCCCGCCGCAGGUUGACGGACACUCGAUCCCUCCGAUUGCGCGUCGCCUGGGCCACUCCGUGCCCCCGCAGAGCCUGAACGUGGGGAAGCCGCUGUACCAGGCGCUCAGCUGCAAGCCCAUGCAGAUGUACGUGCUGGACGUUUCACGGGCCAAGACAGACGGCGUCGUGGCAUGGCGCGUCUUUGGCAGCGGCGCCGUCACCGGACCUCCGGAGACGAGCCUGCAUACGGUGGUGCAGGGCAGAGGGGAGCUCAUCAUUUUCGGCGGGCUCAUGGACAAAAAACAGAACGUCAAGUACUACCCAAAAACCAAUGCCUUGUAUUUCGUACGUGCUAAAAGGUAAUGAGAGAGCGCAAGAAGGACACUGUUUGCAAUUCGGGAUGUGGGAAUUUCCCCGCAUUCUGACCUGGACACUGACAUCAUAAGACCUGCCUUUUAGGGAGAGACUGGAACGACUCGUGUGUCACAUUCUCAACACUAAUUCCUCGUCUCUCCUGAGAUAUCAAUUUUGACACAUAUAAAGGACCUUUAAUGAAGAACUGUUGUUGUAUGACUGCUUUUCCUGACCUUCACUUCCUCUGCGUGUGUGUGUGUGUGCGGGAGAUUAAAAACUGAAGGGACUGUUCCUCCCUUUCCUGCGAUAGCGUCUCGUUGCAGAUGAAGGGGGCUGGGAAACGGAGGAACGCUGCUGACUACCUUGCUUUUAUAUCUCACUUCCUGCCUGCAUUGUUUACAUUUUAAGAUAUGAACGAGAUGGAGACAACGUGUGUCACUGCAUGUGUCUGUGAAUGAAUGUGUAUGUGUAUAGGACCUUGUGUGUGUGUGUGUGUGUGUGUGUGUUUGGUGAUCGAUGUUUGGGUAGAGACGGGGAGGGAAAGGGAGGGUCAUGUUGCAGUGUAACCUGAUACAAAGUCA